AUGGAUGAUAUUCACCAUCAACUGCAUUCAAUCUUCGACACGUCUGCUGAUUCCAUGAAGGUGUGUUAUGAUAAGAGAUCUACUGCAGUCACCUUUGUACCAGGAGACAUGGUGUGGUUGUAUAUUCCCAGGAGAGCCAUUUCGGAUCUCAACAAUGCUAUCAACUUAAGUGAAGGUAAAGGCAAGGCGGCUUGUCAAGCAUACUGCCAAAGGGCUCUGAUACAUUGUUUGCACAAAGAUGAUGAACGUGCUUUGGAAGAUUUUAAGAUAGCCGCUGCUUUGGGCAGCGAAUUUGCUAAGGCUCAAGUUGUCCGAAUGAACCCAUACGCAGCCUUGUGUAAUCAGAUGUUAAGUAAAGUAAUAGACAAUUUACAAAGAG